CGCCCACCUCCGCCAGUAGAACUGUGCAGCAGUGAGUUAGGUUCUGUGUGUCAGUCAGCGUGUGAAGGGUUAAACUGGGAGUUUGCAGCAGUCUCUCCUUUCUGUCCACGACAUUCAGCGGAAAACAUCUGACUCCUGCUCGUUUUUCCGAAAAGCUCUGUUUGGCUUUUUACUCCUUUUUCUGUGUGUGUGCGCGCUGGAGCCGCGGAGGCGUCACAGGGAACACAAAUCUCUGUUUUAACACCACAGGAUUCAACAUCUCACUGACUGACUGCAAGCUUUCUAACAGAGAAAUAACAAGAAAAGCAUGUGUGGGUGUUGAGACUCAUCUGUUCGGUUGACCUUGCUGCCCCUGAACACGGAGCCGCCGCCUGCUUUACCCCCCCGACCGUCCACUUGUCCAGUGAGGCUCGCUCCACACCAUGUCUGCAGAGGUGGAGAGCAACGCGACCGUCCCCGCCGACCCCAGCGCCGCGUCCCCGACCACACCCUCGACUAACACCCCUCCCACCUCCCCUGCCACCUCCAAGGUCCCGUUCAAGAAAGAGAAGAAGAAAGCCCCAGAGAAGACAGAUGAUUACCUGCUGGGCAGGUUUCAAGGGGAUGGCGUGAGGUACAAGGCCAAGCUGAUUGGCGUCGAUGAUGUCCCCGAGGCCAGAGGAGACAAGAUGUCGCAGGACUCCAUGAUGAAACUUAAGGGUAUGGCAGUAGCUGCUCGGUCCCAAGGCAAACACAAACAGAGGAUCUGGAUCAACAUUUCCAUGUCGGGCAUCAAGAUCAUUGACGAGAGAUCGGGAGUGAUCGAACACGAGCACAUCGUGAAUAAGAUCUCCUUCAUCGCCAGAGAUGUAACGGAUAACAGGGCGUUUGGAUACGUGUGUGGAGCAGAAGGGCAGCAUCAGUUCUUCGCCGUAAAGACCUCACAACAGGCAGAGCCCCUGGUCAUUGAUCUGAAAGAUCUCUUCCAGGUCAUCUUCAACAUGAGGAAGAAAGACGCAGAGGCCUCGCAGAAGGGUGAAAAUGGCAACGCUGUGGUUGAGAAUGGAAGUGAUGCCUUGGUAGGUGGAGCAAAAACUGCUCAACCAGUGGAGCAACCUGACCUUUUUGGAGACAUGUCGACCCCUCCAGACAUCCAGGCUCCAAAUGAAUCUAAUGAUAUUCUCUUGCUGGACUUUUCCGCUGAAGUUGACAGCAAUCAGAAUUGCAUAAAGGGAAACUCCUUUGUAACUUCCUGUGCCCCCGACCGUCGGACGUCUCCCCAGACAGAGAAUCCCUUUUCCUCAACAUUUGGCUACUUUCCAACCCCAGACAGUGACCCUUUCAGAGAUGACCCCCUUUCUAAAUCGCCCACUUGGUCGGAGCCCGAUAUUUCACAGAUCCCCCCCGCCACCGCUAAUCACCCACACAGCCCUGCUGGCAACACUUGUAAGACAAUUAUUAACGGUGGUUUGAACGGGGACUCCGAACACCUCAGUCAGCAGAUAAAUGGGUUAUCCAGUAAGACCAUGAUCCUCGCCCUCAGUAACGGACAGUGGCCACUAGGUGGCAAAAUAACUCAGGGCAACACAAUUACCAUGAUGGACGGGAAUGAAUCUGGAACAGUUCUCUCAACCAAAAACCCAUUUUUUGACUCACCUUCGAAAACUUCCCCCGUCUCUAACGGCGUAACUCAUCACCCACAACCCCCAGUGACUCAUAGCAAGGACUCAGUUGUCAUAAGUCCGCCUCCGCAGAGCUCUAAGGCUGGACGAGGUCGAAGGAGCGCAAAGUCCACAGUAAGUGACCUGUUUGGAGCAGAUCUAUUUGCUGCUCCUGCUCCCUCUGAAGGGUCACCUGCUUCAGCGGACCUUUUCAACAGCACACCUGCCGGCUCCACUCCCUCCUCCAUAGCAGCUCUGGGGAAUCUUCAGUUAGGUCCUCCAGCUACCACAUGCAUCCCUGCUGCAGGCAUGUGGGGAGCCUCCAUGGCUGGACCGCCCAUGUACCACAUGCCAGGAAUGACCACUCCAGCCCCCAGGCCCGCCUACCCACAGCCAACUGCCUUUGGUUGCCCACCCGUACCACCAACAACCUGGAUCCCACCCUUAUCCCCGCCCCACAUCAACUGGGGCCAGCCUCCACCAGCUGGGCCACUCGGCGCUCCAGGUUGGGGUCAGCCCCCCAUGACCAAUCCUUUCCAGCCCGGCGCGUUCCCUGUAAUGGUUGACCCGCAAGGUCCGUCCCGCCCCCCUCCUAGGCCACCUGUUAAGGAGGCCCCUCCGAGGGUAGAGAACAGUGCCUUCACAGCCUUGGACCCCCUUGGAGAUAGAGAGAAGAAGAGUGGAAAGGACAUGUUCAAGGACUUCCAGAUUGCCAAACCGCCUGCCAUCCCAGCGAGGAAAGGGGAGCUAGUGUCCAACUCGGCUCCCGGCGGCAACGAAGCCGGGGCGUUCGAUCAGUACUUUUCCAGUAAAGUGGGCGUGGCUCAGGAUAACGCAGAUCAUGAUGACUUUGAAAUCAAGCAAAUGUCAGGAGUUGUCAACGCUCCUGCUCCAGCUGCAGCUCCAGGCCUCUUCGAUGCCGCCUUCUCUUCUGCUCCCGUCGCAAACAAUUCAGCACCGGCCCAGGGAGCCAAUCAGGACAUGUUUGAUAACGCAUUCGGGGCCCCAGAUUCCAGUCCGUUUGGAGUGCCGCCUGUAGCCAUGACUGCUGGUCAGACUUCUGCUUCAACAGCUGCUUUUGGGGAUCCUUUCGGAAACCCGUUUGCUUGACCAGAACUGUCCAUAAUUGAAAUGGAGCAAAUUGAGAUCUUCACAUCAAAUAACAUCUUUGGGACAAGCUGCUACAACGUGCGCAAGACAAUCCAGAUGAUGAACUUUUCUAACUCUUGUCCCUGAACCAUCCUUCUUUUACACUUCCACCUGUAAUGUUGUUGUUUUUUCUAUCCAAUCAGUAGUUCCCUUACAGUAUUUCUAAAGACCACUGAUCUGAGAAGUAAAUGUUAUGUCCUGAUCUGCUGAAGAAAGAAAUGUGGUGUGUGUGAGAGAGAAGGUGCGUCCAAAGAGUUUCACUGCUGAUGCUGUCUGUGUUAAAGAAAUAAAAUAAUUCAAUCAUAA